AUGCAUAUCACCAGUCUCGCCCUCCGAGGCACUCAGUUCCUCCUCACCGUCAUUGCUCUCGCUCUUUCCGGUGCUCUAGUCGCACAACAAGUAUUUGGCGGCUCGCCCUCACAAGUCAACUUUGCGCUCUUCACAAGCAUCUGGUCUUUCCUUGGUGGUUUCUACACUUUAUACGCAGUCAUUACAGAUUCCGGCCACUCCCAGAUUCUACUAGGAAUCGAUGCUUCAAACACUUUGUUUACGUUUGCUGCUGGUACGGCAUUGGCAGCCGGAUUGGGAGUACAUAGCUGCGGUAAUAUGGCCUAUGUGAUAACCAACUCAAUCACAAACGGAGGCCGAGACCCCACUGCCCGCUGCCAUGAAGCCCAGGCUCUCACUGCCUUCCUUUGGUUCCUCUUCGGAACUUAUCUGGCUUCAUUGGUCUUGAGCGUUCUCGCCUGGAGGAGAGGAUCCGUCGUUCCCGCGUCUAGGAGUCGCGUCUAG